ACAGCCCUGGCCCAGGACAGCCCCGCCUCUGGAAAGCCCCGCUGCGCCUCGGCAGCUGCAGUCUACCCCGACUCGGGCGAAGAAGUCAGCUGGUAGAACCAUGGCACCAACUCCUGAUGCUGCUUUCGAGACCCUCAUGAAAGGAGUGACCAGCUGGGAUAUCCCCAAAGGCCCCAUCCCCAGUAAGCUCCUUCUUAUUGGAGAGGCCGCCUUCCCAGUGAUGGUGAAUGACAGGGGCCAUGUUCUCAUCGCUGCCUCCUCCUAUGGCCAAGGCCGCCUCGUGGUCAUGUCCCAUGAAGGCUACCUGUUACAUGCGGGCUUGGCUCCAUUUCUCCUCAAUGCAGUGGGCUGGCUCCGUUCCUCCCCUGGGGCUCCUAUUGUAGUGCACCCCUCCCUGGGUUCACUAGUAAACCUCCUGAAGGGCUCUGGGGUUGAGGCCCAGAUUGAGCCAGAGCCUAGAGAGGCCCUGGGUGUUUACUGCACCAGUGCCUACAGUAAUGGCUUGACCGCGAGGCUGGUCCAGUUUGUGAAACAGGGAGGGGGCUUGCUGAUCGGGGGCCAGGCCUGGCAUUGGGCCAGUCAGCAUGGCCGUGACAAGGUGCUGUCCAGCUUCCCCGGGAACCAGGUGACUAGCAUGGCUGGAGUGUACUUCACUGACAUCCAUGGGGACAGAAGCCACUUCAAGGUCUCCAAGAAGGUGCCCAAGAUCCCGCUGCAUGUCGUAGAGCUGUUUUAUACUGGGCAGCUCAGGACCCAGUUUUAUGAGCUAGAGACCAGCCGUGGAGCCACAGGCACUGUGCAAGUCCUACAAGGUGAGCACUACUACUGUCCUCACUUUUCAGAGAAGAAAACAAGAGAUAUGGAGCUGAUAAGUAAUGAGCUCAUUCCAGCUCUGGAAGUUGGCACCUGGACUCUUGGCACCAGCCUGCUCUGCAGUGUCUCUGUCAUGGCCUGCAACUCUACUUGCUCUGAACUCUGUGCCCUCGUGAAGUGUGGCAAGUGUCCUAUUGGAGAGGCCGCCUUCCCAGUGAUGGUGAAUGACAGGGGCCAGGUUCUCAUCGCUGCCUCCUCCUAUGGCCAAGGCCGCCUCGUGAUCAUGUCUCCUAAGGUCUACCUGUUACAUGCGGGCUUGGCUCCAUGUCUCCUCAAUGCAGUGGGCUGGCUCCGUUCCUCCCCUGGGGCUCCUAUUGGAGUGCACCCCUCCCUGGGUUCACUAGUAAACCUCCUGAAGGGCUCCAGGGUUGAGGCCCAGAUUGAGCCCUUACAACUGUCCUACGAUUCAAAUCCCAAGAAGCUGAUAUUGAGUUCUUCCUCAUUUAGUACCGCUGUGGCAGAACUUCUGACCAGUGGCAAUAAUGUCUUUUGUUGUUCCUUACUCACCAGCAUGUGUGUCUAAAAGGUGGAGAAAUUUGUGGCAGAUGGGGAAGACUGCAGAUGGGCAUGCAGGUCUGGGGAACUUGGGGAGCCAUUCAUCCAGCUCUUUAUUGAUUCCCAGACCCUCUCUGACCUCUCCAAAGACAAGGCUGGCAAGAUAAAUCCAUGGGUGAAGAAGUUCUCUGAAACGGUGCAGAAGAAUCUGGUUCCUUUCUUUGAGGUUUGGGACUGGCCUGUCCAAAGGGAAGUGGCCAAUAUCUUCCUGCCUCGUUGGCAGGAAAACCCCAUGAAACCAUACAUAUUUGAAAAUGAAAAAUGA